UUGCUGAUCUCCUGGGAUUUUCACAUGUAAGAGUUGAGUUUACAGAGAAUGGUGUAGAACAAUAAAACAUCCCAGCACAUGGGAGUUCUGUGGGUGAAAUCACUUUGUUAAUGAGAGAGGUUAGAGGAAAAUGACCAGGAAGGUUCAAGCUGAGAGGAAGGCAACAGUAACUCGAAUAACCAUAACAACCGAGGUGUGCAGAAGAGAAUCUCAAAAUGCACAGCCUGUUGAACAUUGACGUGAAUGGGCCACUGCAGAAGGCCAUAUACCCACACACAAUAUCCUCUCCAGAUUUCCCUAACCGCCUGCUUUAUUACUAAAAUAGUUUCAAGAGCAAUUGCACUAAGUUCAUUGUUAGCCAUUGGUUCACACUCCAGUUAACUUCAUUUAUUCCCAAUCCGUUUCUGCCCUUCUUUAGACUACCCAACACUCUUCCUUUCUGUUUCAAUAUGAUAUUCCCCUGGUUAAGAUCAUAAGACACUGGAGAAAAAUUAGGCCAUCCAGUCUGUUCCGGCAUUUCAUCAUGGCUGAUUUAUUAUCCCUCUCAACCCAAUUUUUCUGCCUUCUACCUUUAAUGGUCUUAACAAUCAAGAACACAUCAAACCUCCGCUUUAAAUAUACCCAAUGACUUGGCUUCCACAGCAAUGAAUUGCAUAGGCUCACCACCCUCUAGCUAAAGAUACUCCUCCUUAUCUCCAGUCUAAAGGGAUGUUCUAUUCUGAGGCUGUGCCCUCUUGGUCUUAACCUCCCCCAAUAUAGACGUCUCUUCUUGGCCUUUCAAUAUUCCAUAGGUUUCAAUGAGGUUGUCGCUCUUUCUUCUGAACUUGAGUGAUGCACCAUCAAUAACUCUAGGAGACUGGAAGUGAACGAUAGGCUUUUAUUAACAGCGAAAAGGGAGCAUGACAUCGCGAAGACUGAGGGAGGAGCAGUGCCCCAAUCGCCUUUAUCCAGGGGUCUGUGGGAGGAGCCACAGGAGCAGUUAGCAGAGGGGCGUGUCCAGGUAUACAUAGAGUGAAGCAGACCCAGAGCCAUCAAACCCUGUCGAUACGUUAACCCUUUCAUUCCUGGGGUCAUUCUCCAAUGCCAACACAUCCUUUCUUCGAUCAGGAUCACACGUGCUCACAAUACUCUAGAUGUGACUCAUAAAGCCUGAUUACAUCCCUGAUUAGUGGCUAAUCAACCGACGGCUUUUCUGAGGUUAGUUGGAACAGCCAGGGGUGCUUAUCCCCGAAUACUUCGAACAAAAUCGUAAUUCUUCAGCACGGUACCAUUGUGGCACACCUGGUGGACAGUCACGGUAUUGCAGCAGCCCCGCAAUACCGGAAAGUGGAAACAUUUUAAAUCCGGAGGAAUCGCUGGUCAAGAUGGCUUCGAAAGAUCAAAUCGACAGUUUAACCGAGGACGUAAUUUGCCCCAUUUGCCUGGAUUUCUUCAGCAAUCCGGUGAUACUGGAGUGUGGACACAACUUCUGUCGCUCCUGUAUCACACUAUAUUGGGAAAGUACGGAGAGGGACACUUGUCCGGAAUGUAGAGCUAAGUUUGCAGACACCAGUGUCAGGGUCAACUGGGCUUUGGGGAGUCUCUCCGAGAAAGCACGAAAGCUAAACCUGAAUCCAAAAGAGAAGAAAAGUAAACUUCACUGCGAGGAACAUGAGGAAGAAUUAAAGCUGUUUUGUGAAACUGACAAGAAACUGAUCUGUGUUAUUUGUGUGGCUUCGCGAGAACACAGAGAGCACCGCUUCCUGCCGAUUAAAGAGGCCGUUGAAAUCUGUAAGGAUCAGAUGAAAUCCUUUUUACAAUCUCUCACAAAAAGGAAAUCAGCAAUGGAGGAAUUAGAGCAGCAACAGACGGAGAAGAUUUCUGACACUCGGAAACAGUCGCACAUCCUUCAGUCCCACAUCACAUCCCUGUUUGCUGAACUGCGCCGGAUUCUCACCGAGAAAGAGCAGCGCUUACUCCGAGAUCUCAGGGACGAAGAGGAGAGGCUUCUGAAUACUAUGGAGAAAAAUCUUCGCCAGAUUCAAGAGAAUUUAGACUCUCUUCAGGCGGAGCAAUCAUAUGUGAAGGGAUGGAUAGACCAAGAAGACAGUAUGAUCUUACUGAAGGGGGGAUGGGCGCGCGCCCUGUCGCACUCCUCGCUCGGUCGGUCGCACUCUCUGGACUUCAACCGCCAUGGCCCCGAUAUGGGAACCUCUGUUCCUUACUUUGUCCUCUCACUGGAAGAAUUUAAUUGGAUGAAUAGGAUUAGCGAUGACGAUUCUACAUUGUCAGUAGCAGACAAUGUCCUUGAUGCUGGAAAAUUUGACAAUCCCUAUUUGUUGAUUGAGCUGUUGCGUGAAAAGUUAGACAGCAUAAAGCGAGUCCCUGUCACCCUGGAUGUGAAAACAGCGUCUCAGGAACUUGACGUGUCUAAGGAUCGGAAGUGUGUCAGACUCUAUCCGUCCGCGGCGGUGCACGGAUUGGCCAAGCACUUACUGGGCCUUUUGGACACUGGGAUGCGGUUCACUGUCCAGCCGUGUACGCUGGGAUCAGAGGGAUUCACAUCUGGGAGACAUUACUGGGAGGUGGAGGUGGCAGGGAAUCGGAGAUGGAGGCUGGGAAUCGCCGCGGAGUCUGUGGAGAGGAAGAAAGAAGUCAAACUGAAACCGAAAACUGGUUUCUGGGCCAUUGGUCGAAGUGUUGACAGUUUUUAUGCAUUCACCUCCCCUCGAUCCUCUCUCCCUGCCGAUCGCAUCCCCAGGAGGGUGGGAGUUUAUCUCAGUUACGAGUCCGGGACAGUUUCAUUUUACAACGCGGAGACCAAGUCCCACCUCCACACCUUCACUGGGAAUAAAUUCAUGGAGAAACUUUAUCCUUUCUUCAGGACACGGGAUGAAAAACAUUGGUUGAGAAUUUGCUCCAAUUUUGCUCUGGAUCCUUAAAAUGACUUGGACCUGGGACCCAGUUGAGGAGUGGGGCACAGUGGGUUGUGGGGCAGAAACUCCGCUGACAACAGGUACUGAAUGGGUCCCAGUUAAUCCCUAAAUUCUGCAUUGUAAAAACCAACAAACCUGGAAAAAAACAGUUGGAACAAUAAAUAAAAAAUAAUUUAUGCUGUAGCUCUAUUAGUUUCAAUAUAUUAACUGCGUCCGUCAAUAGAUCUGAAACCCUUCUGCUUGAAACAGUAACCCGUCCUGGAAACUCUGAUUCUGCAGUAGUCACGUUUAACAUGUCCUACUGAGUCCUCUGGGUUCACAUGUCCUGAGUCAUUCAUUUAAGCAAGGUCGGCGUGGUGCAAGAUAAAAAUUGUCUCAACCCGUUCUUUGUUUCCACAUCUACAGUAUGCUCAAAGUUGUUGAUAGGGUGUGUGGUGCGUUGGCUUUCAUUAGUCAGGGAUUGUGUUCAAGAGCAGCAGGGUAAUGUUGCAGCUCUAUAAAACUCCAGUUAGACCACCCUUAUGAACCUCCCCCCGGGUUUCCUUGGGCUGCAUAAGUCUGGGGAUACACAGUCCGGUCCCGACAAAGCUGCGAAAUCGAGACGGUUCUCCACCCCGAUCCCUGGUUUGUGUGGAUGCUACCCUGUUACAACUCAAUGCUAAGAAACAACAGACAGGCAAUUAAAGGAGUUAUAUUUAUGAAUCUUAACUAAAGGGUAAGUAAAGAAAAGAAAGAAAAACACAAAAAGGGCCCAUUAUAAUUAAACAGUCAAAUCUGCACACGUUGGAGUUCAACUCGAUUUGCCAUUUUGCAGCGCAUUGAGUAGUUGCAUUCUUAACGGCUCCCUUUUUUUAUAUACUUUAUAUCCCACUGACAGAUCCUUUUUAGCUUUGAUGAUUUAUCACUUCUACUGAAGGAUUUAUUACUUUUACUGAAGGACUUACGAUCUAAUUACAAUGGCUGACAAAAGUCAUUUAGGUAUUGAACUGAGAAGCAUCAAGACUUUUCCUGAAAUGGAACAAACUAAGAAGGCGGAGGAACCUGUUACUUAAGCAGAAAUAUUUUCUUCAAUACAAGACAUGAAGUCAGAAUUUGGGUAGCUUAAUAUCAAGAUUGAUCAGCUGACCAGCUCAAACAGGAAGCUUGGAAAAGCUAUCUCUAUGGUUCAAGUUUCUCUGAAAAAUCUGGACUGUCAACUUCAAACACUUCAGCAGACUACAACCCAAAUUGAGAAUGAACAUGAUCAAUUCAAGCAAACUAUUAAAGAUCAAGGAAUGAAGAUACCUUCGAUGGAAAAGAAAAUCAAUGGUUACCUCGGAACUAUCUAAAACGAAGAAAAAAAAUGGUUGAUUUAGAUAGUAGAGGGCUUCGGAGGAAUUUGCAUAUUCUAGGACUGCCUGAAAAUACUGAAACUGGCGAAGAGUUAAAAUUCUUCUCAGAUAUGUUGUACACACUUUUUAGUGAGACCCUGGAAGCUAGCCCUUUAAUUGACAGAGUCUGUAGAAUUCUAUUUUCUUGGCGUUCACCUGAAUUACAUCUUCGACCAAUUGUGCUUUCUCUGCAUUAUUAUACAACCAAGGAAGCCAUACUUCGAGAAGCCAGAAAAAAACAAAAGUUAAUCUUUAAUUCAACAGAGAUUCGUAUAAUCGAAGACUAUCCUCCUGUAAUCUUUGCCAAAAGAAGGAAAUACCGAGAAGUCAUGAGAGAAAUCUAUAAGUUAGAUUUAUACCCUUCCCUUCGCAACCCAGCAAGGUUGAUAAUUCAUCCUGAAAAGUCUCUAUCAUUGAGAAUUUACUCUCCCCAGGAGGGAUGGGAGUACAUUAAAAAUCUUAAAGUUAAGCCUACUGAAUAAAAUCUGAAAGUUAACCCGAUUACUCAAUAGGUAAUUCUGAAGUAUUUUGUUGUUUGAGAUGUUUAUGGAUGUUGUGAGUUAAGUUUUUUAAGUCUCUGGUAUGGGACGUGGCGGACUAAACCUUUUUUUAACCUAUUAAUGUUCAGUAUAUGCAUAACUGUUUUGUAGGGAACUUUUAUAGUAUAAUCUAAUGGUCCGUACAGGACCUGGCGUGUAUUAAUCUUUUUAUUUCUUUUAGUUGUUUUAAUAUUAACAUAGGUUUAGGUUUAUUAUAUAAAUACACUCAUUUAUUUUUUUUUGAGAGAAAGAAUUCUGUCUGUAAUAUUAUUUGCUUGGAUUUAUUCUUUUUUGAAUAUGUGAUUAAGAUACCUUAGUU